AUCCGGACCCCUCGUCGCUUCCUUCUCUUGGAAGCCGCCUCUCCAGUUUCCCUCCCCGGCUAGACCCUGCCAAAACCCACCCCGCGCGGGGGAGCAAAACGAACCCCAACCAUCUCGCUCGUCGUGCGGAUUCCCAAGCUCUAGCCCUCUCGCCCGCCGCCACCAAUGGGGAAGCGUCCGCCGGUUGUCGUCCUCUCCUCUUCCUCUGGCGAAGACGACGGCGGGGGGCGCCGCGCGGGUAGCCGCGGUCCUUCGGCGCGGAGGCUAAGGACGCCGGCGCCGGCGCAGACUCAGGCAGCGAGCGGCUUGAGGAAAAAGCUGCGCCGCGAGAGCAGCGCGGGGAGAGGACGCCGCCGCGCCUCGGAACCUGCGCCGUCCGACUCCUUAAAGGCUGAAUUUGAUAUGCUCUCUGAAGGUUUUUCAGAAUGUCUUAAUGACUUGGGCAUGUCAGGAUCUAUACGGGAAACAAAAGAGCUUUGGGUUGACAAGUACAAGCCCCGCUCAUCGGCAGAGCUUGCCGUUCACAAAAAGAAGGUUGAAGAUGUAAAGAAAUGGUUGGAAGAAAAGCUGAAUGCACCAAAGCACACGGUUGGAGGAUGGACCCUCGCCCUAACUGGGCAAACUGGUGUUGGAAAAUCAGCAACUGUGAAAGCAAUUGCUUCAGACCUUGGAGCGGACUUAUGUGAGUGGACAACUCCAGUACCAACACUGUGGGCUGAGCAUGUGCAUGCUAAUUCAGGAUUACGCUAUAUAUCCAAGUUGGAAGAAUUUGAAAACUUUGUAGAGAAGAUAAGAAAAUAUUCACUGCUUUGUCCAACCAGCAACAGAUCCCAAAGAAAGCUUAUUAUCAUUCUGAUUGAUGACAUCCCUGUAACAAGCGGGAAUGUUGCUUUUGCAAGACUAGGAAAAUGCCUGACUGGUCUGAUUCAAACUACUCAAGUUCCAACUGUCAUUUCACUUACCCACUAUCACAAAAGUGAGAGUAAUGAUACUGCAAUGUGGAAUUCCGAUGACCUUGAGUCCUUACUUCAAGGUGCUGGUGCUCAUAAGAUUGCUUUCAACCCGGUUACCACAAAUUCAAUCAAGAAAAUUCUUAUUAGAAUAUGCAAAGAAGAGCGCUGUGAUGCAUCUGAAGAAUUAGUGCAUCAAAUAGCUAUAUCCAGUGGAGGUGAUAUCAGACAUGCAAUAAUGUCUCUUCAAUACUUUUGUCUUGAUCCGAGAAGGCAAAAUUCUGCAUUGGCAACAAGUGGUACUCGUGCUGGUUCAAAGAGCCAUGAUUCUCUGGUUCCAGGGCAAGAGAGCCAUGGCCUUAGCAGUGCACGACCCUCUCCAUGUGGAAGAGAUGAGACUCUUACACUAUUUCAUGCAUUGGGGAAAUUUCUGCACAAUAAGAGGGAAACAUAUGGUGAUGUUGAUAUUGACCUGGAUCCAUUUCCUCUUAAAGAAAAGCUAAGAAGAAAUUCACUCAAAAUGGAUGUUCCAGAAAAGAUUCUUUCACAAGCACAUGGAAAAGUACGGACUGUUGCUGAUUUUCUGUAUGAAAAUGUUCUUGAUUUCGUUGACAAUGAAGCAGUUGAUGAUGCUUGGGCUGUGGUGUCAUAUUUGAGUGAGGCGGAUUGUCUUCUUGCUGGUAGUCCAAUUGCAUCAUACAGCUCAGAAAACAUGGCACAACUCAUUGCCGCUUCUGUUGCAGCACGAGGAGUUCUUUUUGGAAAUGCUCAUGUCGCACCCUCAAGGUGGCAUACAAUCCGGAGCCCGAAGUUUUGGCAAAUUGAGCAGACACUUCGAUCUACUAAGGACCAGAUUCUAAGAGAGAGAUAUGAUUGUUCAAGGACGUGUAGUUCUUGCAACUUCUCUGACAUAGUCACGGAAUUUAGACCAUUCGAGAGAUGGAUUGGUCCUCGUAAUGAUAGGCCUAGAAGCAGCUCCUUGCCCCACGGCGUAGAAAGUAGCUCUUACAUGACUGAUAGACUUGAUGCAGAUGGAAAUAACUCUGAAGAAGAUGACGAUGUGAUAGAAGACUGUUAAAAGCAACACUACGCAUCCUGACACUAGAUCCUGGGUAGCAUUAUCCUAUGAGAUGCCAACAUAUCGUUGGUGGACUGCACGGUACAUACUAUCAUAGCUAACUCCAGAAGUGGCGCAGUUCUAAUGCACUAAGUUUUGCAAGACUGCCAUUUUGGCGUACCAACCCCAAAUCAGAGGUCGAAAAGGCAGCUCCGAAUCAUUAUCAGUGGCCGCACAUCGUCAAGCAGCAUGUUGAACCGAUCAAGGGAUUUUGUUUUCUGGUUGAUCACAAGUGCGGCUGUUGAAGGCUGCAAUGCAGUAGCAUCGUUCUUGCCAAGUGUGAGGGCGGGUGCCAAUGAAUGUGCAUUUGGACGAGCUGAUUCAUCAUGUUCAGAUCUACGAUGGUAAUGAUCUACAUAAUCAUUUAUGAUCCAACAUGUAAAGCAUCUGAAUGCAUUUCUACUUUACACCA